GACGCAGAAACUCAACGAAGCAAUCGUCUUUGCCUCCCAUUUUUCUUACUUAAAAAAAUACCGAGAAUUCGUUGCUUUUUUGCAAGAGAGUUUUUUUUAUUAUUUCCAAGAGAAGUCAUUUUUUGCCACAAAUAAUAACGGCUUAUUGAGGGCAUCAUUCAGAUUACAGUAAGAAAAUAUGCUCUUGCCUUUAAUUGCUGAAGUUGAAAAAAAGUCCAAUCAAGCAGAGAAAAAAAAUGCAUUCCAUUAUUUCACGUUUAUGCAUUUCAAAAUUGCAAAAUUGUCAUAAAAACCCGCAACGGCAGUUAUAACUCGAUUAUUAUUACUCAAACCAAAUUCAUUCAACAAUAAAAAUAAAACGAAUGUGAGUUUUUUUUUCCAAAAUGAUGAUAAAAGUGAAGGAAAUGGCAUGGUUGGAAUUCACUGCUUUUCAUUUCUCGGGAGAAAGACUGAAAAUGUCCAACAACAGUAACAACAUCUUCAUCAAAUCCAGGCACAUUUUGAUUUUUGUGCCAGUAUCACGGUCAGCUUCGACAUUUGACAAAAGAUUUGACGUAAUUGAACGUCAUUUCAACGAAGAAGCAUUUUCUGAUUCCAAAAUUUAUCAUUCACGAAAUCGACGACGGAGAUCCAUGAAAAUUCAGAUAUAAUAUUGAAGAAGCGACAAAGGAAAAACAAAUUGGGCUCUGAAAAGUUGGUGCUCUGAAUCGGGCAACAAGUGAUUGGAGUGUAUUGAAAGUGUUGCCCGUAUACGUGUUGUGUGUUGCGUGAGUAAAAGUGGGACAGAUUGAGCGUGCGGAUGCGCACGCCAUCUAAGUAGUCAAGUAAGGAAUUUGUGACACAAUGCUUGACAUUUCGUUCAUAAGUUCGUGUGUAGUAAAUUCAGAAUACCUUGUGUCAGCACAUUUCCAUGAAUUACAAUGUUCACGGAAACAGAAAAUAUCUAAAAAAAAAUAUUUGCAAAAAACAACGUUCUAACCGCUAAAUUUUUUUUCGAUUCAGUUUUAUUUUCGCUUCACUUUUAAGAUAUCCUCUUCAAAAAAAAUAUUGAUUGUGCAUCGGUUUUUUUCGAGUGUUUUAGAAGAGCCACACACAGAGAGAGAAAACACAACAACGAAAGUGUUUGAGUCGUAAUUGAUUUGGUUCCGAGUGUGCAAAGGCCAAGUGGAUUAUGUUAACAAAGCAAAUUUGGAAUAAUUUCAGUUCUUAGUUGUUUUUUUUUUAUUAUUUUUUUCUCUCUCUGUUCUUCUUCUUGAUUUUGCGUUGAAAGUUACUUUUUUUUUUAAAAUCGAAACAUUUUUCUUUUGUUCAUUUACUUUGCUCGGCACCGUAUUUUUUUCUUGCGUUGUACUUGCCAUCGAAUGUUUAGAAGUAGUGUCAUAGCCAUAUUUUUUUUCGUUGUUGUUAUUGUUACUUCGUGCAUGGAGGUCAUUCAAGUAGUUUAGUUGCAUUUUGCGAGUGAAAAAGAUUGAGAGAGAGAGAGAAAGGGAAGAAAAAAAUAAAGUGUGUACACGCGUACCCAAAGGAACCACAGAGCUUAUUUAUAACAUUGGCGUGAUCGACACGUUUGUUGCAUGCAAUCAUAAUGCGUAUCAUGUGCAGACAAAUCAUAUGAAGCGACACAGUGAAUCGACGAAAUUAUGGGCAUUUCAUGUGAUUUUGAAGCUGGAAGUAUGGAAAGUGAGAUCAAACCUACAUGCAACAAGGAAUUUAUUAAGCUAAAUGGCCAACAUGAAUUGGAUGCAACGCCCGCCAAAACGGCCAUCACCAUUACAACCGCCAGCUACAACAAUUCAACUGAACCAGACGUUACUAUUAUCGAUGAUGUGAAAUCAACGGACGAUGUCAUUCCCCUAUCACCAGUUCCACCGCCGGAGACCGAAACCAUCGUGAUUGUUGAUGAUGCCGAACCCGAAGAAGGUGAAAUCAUCACCUCCGACAAUGAUUUUGAAUACGAAGCCAUAUCAUCGGACGAAGAAUUUACACUGCGUCAACAGAUCGAAGCUCUUGAAGCGAAAAAUCGAGAAUUGGAAAAAAUUGCAUCGAUCUCGGCUAUUGGCUAUGGAUAUCGUCGUUCGCCGAAUUACUUUAAAUCAUUAUCAACAGCGACAGCAACAAUCAAUCGUUCAACAACAAAUCAUACAAAAUCGAACCCACCGUUGUCUUCCAUCACAAACUAUAAAUCAGUGUCAUUGUCACACGUGGAAAACAUAUCAUCGGAUGAGGCGCAGCUCAUUGACAGCGAUGCUGAAAUUCCGAGUCUAUUUGACAAUAACAAAUAUGGCCGAGCAUCGCAUCGUGCAUCGAAAAAGGAGAAACGUCAAAGUCGCCGCAAAACGCGAAUGAUCGAAAAUGAGAAAGAGCGCUGUUUAGCGCAUGGUAAGCGUCGUUGCACCGAUGUUGAGUGCUAUCCAAUUGAAGUAACAAUUACACGUAAGAAACGUGCUCGUCACAAAUACGAUGAUCGCAAAGUGGUCCGUGCAAAAUACUCAAGCGAUUCAGAGGAUGAACUGUUGCGAAAUCGUGAAGAAUUAAAAAUGGCAUUGAACAUAAUCGAACCAUCGAAUCGAACGGUGAACUCGAGCACAUUGUCGCACAAAUUGUCAGUGAUUCAAAGUCAACAAACGCUUGAUAAACCGGGUACAAAACAUCGAAAGCGAAAAACAUCGAGGAGUCCGGAACGACGAAGGCGCACCCGAUCCGGUGAGAAUAGCUCGAAACGUUCGAAGAAUGAACGUGAUCGAAGUGAUUCAAGGUCGAAAAUUGCAUCGCCAAUCAUAGUGCAUGACAAUAAUGACAAUGAUAUUCAGGAUGAUGUAAUCGAUGAGGCCAUCUCGCUGGAAGAGCAGGAAUUGCGUUUGAUCGCACUUAAAUCGGCCGUUUUGAAAAAGCACGAGGCACGCAAAAGGAAACAGCUCGCAAAUCAAAUUGUCGAGCAGAUUGUACGACCGUAUUCGCCAACGGAUAGUGUGGUGUUGGUGGCCGAUGAAACGGGUGACCGAAGCAAUGAUUGCAUCGAUUCAGACAAUAAUAAUAUGGAUAUCAGCCCGAUCAGUUCGCCGGGCAAUCAAUAUCAACCGAUGGACAUGGAUUUGGCCAGUAGCAAUGAAAAUUCAAAGAGUCCCAUUUUCAGCUAUGACAAACCACAAACUUUCCCCUAUGAACCGUUCAUUGAUUGGGGCACUGUUCACAUUCCGGUUGCCAUCAAUCCAGGCUAUGUUGAUAUUGAUCAGGCGGCUGCUGCUGCGGCCGCUGUUGCCAUGAGCCAACCGUUUGCAAUGCAACCGUCAUUCUCCAUGAUCUAUGACACAAUGCAAAAAGAGCCGAUGGCCACUGAAAAUUCCAUGCCAACACUGCCGUCGAUUCAAUCGGAUGCUAAAGAGAACAACAGUACCCAUAUUGACAACGAAGACGAUCUACGCGCUCAGUUGAUCGAACAAAUGCGCAGCACCAACACGUCCAGCUCGAACGGAAGUGCCACGGAAUCAACGAAAACUGAAAUUGUGCCAAAAGGCAAUGGCCAUAUCGAUUCGUUCGAUUCGCUGGAAGAGGACUGUCUACGGAGUUUGUUAUUGUCAUCAAAAGGGAAAAAAUCGACCGUUACAAAAGAUCCAACGAAUGAUUUGCAAACGCCGGUGUCCAAACCCGAGCCACCAUCCCUCGAUCAAUCCAAAUGUGAUGAUAUGCCAAAAUUAGCACUAAAUCUUCGCGAAGCACUCAAACGACUUAAAAACAAUCAACAGAAUAAAUUGACGGCAGCAGCAUCAGCGGCGACAGCGUCGUCGUCGUCGUCGUCAUCAUCAUCGGCACCAACAACCGAAACCAUAAAACCAUCCGAUAAAUGUGUUCAAGUUGAGUCAAAACAAAACGAUUCGUUGCAAGACUGUGAUCAAAAGGAAAUUCAAAAGACUGUUGUAAAUAAUCGACUGGAUAAGAAUGAAAAUGAGCUGUUCAACGCGGAACAAACGGCGACAGCGACGACGGUUGUGCCAUUGAAAGUAGCUGAGGAAAAGCCUACUGUGAUACCGCAUACGGUUGAAAAGGUGUUGAAGGUGACAGCCGCGAAGGCAACCGUGGUAAAUUUGAAGACGGUAAAUGAAAAUGUUGUGGUAAAACCACCAGUUAGAGCAUCUCCUGUUCAGGCUGUUGCCACCACUCAAGGGGCAAAAGCAACGACAGUUGCCAAACCAAAGCCUAAAGUAGUAGCUAAACCAAAAGCCGUUGAAAAACCAAAGGUCGCAGAGAAACUGAAAGUCGCAGAAAAACCAAAAGUCGUGGAAAGAUCUCAAAGCAUAACACCACCGGUGACCAAAGCAACAACAACGAACUUGAGUAAAAUGGAUGCGAUUCGAAAAUCCACAGGCUCACCGGUUAUCACCACAUGGACGGCAAAACCGGUGAAAAAACUCAUUAUUUCAUUAAACGAGGACUCAUCUACCGAUAAUGAUGACAUGGACUGUGAUGAAAGUGCGACGAAUAAGAGGACAGAUGCGGACUCGGGUUCACAAUCGAACGAUUCAAAUAACACAUUCCAAUUUCGGCUUGAUCAAUUUUUGCAAACGGUUCGAGCCAACACCGAUGCCAUACUGGAAUCAAAGCAAGUUGUAACACCGGCAACGGCGAAGGCUGCACAAAAAACAGCCGACAAGAGUACAAAUAAUGCUGCGUCAAAGGUUCAGAUUACAUCGAAAGCGGAGUCGUCAAAGGCGGUUGCUCACUUACCAAUGUCUUCUCAAUUAGAAUAUCAUCGUCUGUUAAAUCGAAUGAAGUUGCUGGAGAAGCAAAAGGAGCAAAAGUCUCGCGUGAAAAAUCAAGCGACAGUUGCCGCAAAGCCAUUACCAGCUAAGCCUGAAACCAAUUUCCCGAAUUUAACUGUAGUUGUACAAAAUGAGAAUCGUUUCAUUCAAACCAACAAAUCAACGGAAGUAGAAGUUGAUAAAAAUGUGACUGAAGUGAUCAAAGCACCUCUUGUGACCAAAGUGCCAUCGAAUAAAAUCGUCGGAACAAACACAUCAAAUACAUCGUUAGCGAAAAAGGUUUUGGUGAAGAAUGCAAUGGCUCAGGCAACGGAUGCUGUAAAAGUAGCAGCAGUAAAAGCGGCGGUUGCUACACCAGUGCAAGUUUCAAGCGAACAGCCAUUGAACAGUGUUGCCGAUAGCAAUGCCAUAACGGAAUCGAAACCAGCAUCCAUGACACUAGCCAUGUUUGCCAAAAAGACACCAAAAAUCAAAGCAUCCCUUCUGGCCAACUACAUUAAACGAUACAAAAAUCAUGGGGAACAAUACUUGAAUGGCCUCACUAAAUUACAUCGAUUGACGUGCCGAACGAAUUUGGAGACUCAAAAACAACAAAAAUUGGAACAAGUGUUGGACGAUUUACGGCGUCAAACGAAAGCAAUCGAAGAACAACUGACUCAACAGAAAUCAGUGACACAGAGCUUAUAUCCCGUCAUGGCAGCCACGGAGAAAACCAUCACUUCGGAUCGUACGAUGCUAUUGAGACUGGAAAAUUGCUGCAAUCGACUGGGUACUAUUGUCAAUGGACCGAAUUACAAAGUACAAUGUGAUAAAGAUGUCGAAAUCAAGGAGAAAUUGAAACAAAUCAUAAUCGAGAAGAGCCGAUUGAAGCAGUUAGGACAGAAAGUACCUGCGAAAGAUCCGGUUAAAAUUUCACCGUUGACAAAGAAAGAAGUGACAAGCAAAGUAAUUCCAAUCAUUCCAAAGCCAAUACCAAGCAAUGCAGUUGAACAGAGGAUGGAAAGUGUAAAGACAUUGAAAAAAGAAGACAAAGUGAUCAAAACACCAAUCAAUUCUGUCGAUAAACAUCCAAAAGUAGCGAAAACUGAAUUGAAGCUAAACGAAAGUAAAACGGAGUCAUCUCAAGAGAAACCCGUUCAAAUGGAGGUUGAUGAUGCUGUGGAUCCAAAUCCAUCCAAAGACAAAACUGAACGUGAAACUGAAAAUAAGCCAGAGCAAGUAAAAUUAAUGGCAAAACCAUCAAAGGUGGAAAUGCCAAAAACGCCUGAGCCGAUACGAACUGAAGUUGAAAACCAAGAAAAUGAAAAUGGCGUAAAUGAAACCAAACAAACACAGCCAACCAAUGACAUAGCCAAAACCAAUGAAAUUGAACAAGCCGAAAAAGUCGACGAACUAACAACGUUGUCACCAGAUAAUCUUACAGCACCGAUGGAAACGAUGCAAAUGACGGAUAAUGAGGCAAUUUGUGGAAAAUACGAUUCACCAUUAGAGCACAUGCAAGGCUCAGCGGCUGAUUCGAAACCAGAAGUCAGCGUUGCGGAUCGGAAUGCAAUCGUUUGUCCGUACGAUUUGAUGGGACGGUGUGAGGACAAGCAAUGCAAAUACAAGCAUUUGUCAGUGUGAUUGUUGUGUUGGACCAGAUACUCAGACACACACAUACAUUAAAUGGAGCACAUCAUUCUCUAUCUUCGCAGAUUAUUAGGAGCAGAAACUACAGGAAAAAAAAUAAAACCAAAAAAAAACGAAUUGAUAUACAGACUCUUUUUUCACAAGAUUAACGGAUAUUCGAAAUGCAAACAAACCCAUCGAACAAGUGGCCGCGCAAUGCAGAGGAUUUAUGAAGUGACACACGAGUACUAUUCAUUUGGUACAGGUGUGUGUGUGUGUUGAUCAAUCAACAGAUACAGAGAGACAGAGAGAUAGAACAAACCAGAGUAACUUUUUUUCAAGGUUAUAGCUCCCUAGUUGAGCGACCGCGAUGCAUACACUUGUGCAUCGCUCACCGGUAGAGCGCUUGCAUAUUCAGAAAAAUUCAAAAAUCAAACGGGUAAGUGACCGUAACGUAUUUAUAUUCACAGUUUCCACACAGACAAACAAACACACAACAAUUAUUUAACCCACUUUGGAACCAUCAACAUUAUUUAAAAACAAGUACAAAUCUAAAACUAAAAAAAAAAACAUAAAUGAAAUUUGUUAAAAGUGGUUUAUGCAUGGGAUAUGGGAAUCACGAUAACUCCAGAACACUGGAAAUACAGUGUUCACAACGACACCAGUCAUUCUCAACCAAAAAAAAAAUGUUUAACUCAUCAUCAAAUCAAUUGAUUUUAAAAUAAAACUGUCGAGUUUUAAAAAUCUUAAUAAUAGACACUAGUGUAUACUCGAAAGCGAUUCAGUUCUCGGUCAUCAUUUGCAGUGCGAUACAACAACCAAAUAAAAAAUUCUUUACUAAACGAAAAAAAAAAAA